AUGAACUUAGCCUACUGCUUUGUGGCACUAAAGGCGGCCUAUAGGCACAACUUAUGGGAAUUUGAUGCAAACGUGAGUUUCCUGAAACUGAAGCAGGCACAGCUGAUUCUGGAGGCAGCCACCAAAACGUGUGUGAUGUAUCCAUUUAAGAUAUUUCUGAAUGACUUAGACAAAUUGAAGGAAUUUGGAUUCAAAGACAACACAUUUAAGGCAAAUGCACUGGUUGGAUACAACAUUUUUAGAAUGUUCAUUUUAGGUGGACUUAUGAACAUAGCUGGUACAGACUAUACGCUGUUUGUAGUUGCAUUUCAGGCAUUUGAUAUUUCUGAGGCAAUUGGAAUCAUACUAAUAUCAAUGUACGUAUUGUACCUGAUAGAGUGGUUCAAGAAAGAGAUCAAGGAGCAGAUGAUUGUAGACAAAUUUGGUAUAGAAAGACUGCUUAAGAGCUGGAAAAUGGGAAUGUGCUAUAUUCUAAUAGCGAUGAUUCUGGAAAUAAUAUACAGAAUAACAUUUAUACAACUAUCUUCAAUGUUGGAUAAUGAUUACACACAGAUUGCCAAGGAAGUCACGUGCUUUAUUAGGAUAUUCUCCAAUUUGGCUGAGUUAUAUGGGAUCUCAUUGAUGAUCUUCAUCACAGACAAACCAGAUGAAGAUGAUUUUGAGCCAGUAAAGAAAAAGCUGAAUGAAAACAAGCAUACUGAUAAGAAACAGAAGGAAGACGACUCUUCUAAUAUUUCAGUGAGUGAAUUCAAGCAUCUUGUUGGAAGAGACCUGAAGAUCUGA